AUGGUGACGCCACAGACACCGCGUGUGACCCGGCACUUCGAGGAAGAGCUGGAGCACCUGAAACGGCGCCUGCUGGUGAUGGCCGGCGCCGUCGAGGAACAGGUCCGCCGUGUGGUGCAGUCGCUGGUCGACCGUGACCACGAUCUGGCGCAGCAGGUGCUGAACGGAGACGACCCGAUCAACCGGCUGCAAAUCGAGAUCGACGAGCGCUGCUUUCGGUUGCUGGCGUUGUACCAGCCGGUGGCCACCGACCUGCGCAUGGUCGUCUCGAGUGUGAAGAUCAACAGCGAACUCGAACGGGUCGGCGACUUCGCCGUCAAUAUCGCCGAGGCGACGCUGCGCUACCUGGAUCAGCCAGCGGUCAAGCCGCUCAUCGACAUUCCCCGCAUGGGCGACAUCGCGCAGAAGAUGUUGCGAGACUCGUUGAACGCGUUCGUGACGCAGGACGUCGCGCUGGCGCAAGAGGUACUCGAGCGCGACGAUGCGCUCGACCGCCUGAAGGACCAGGUGUUUCGAGAGUUGCUCAGCUUCAUGCUGGCGAAUUCCCGCCUCACCGAGUCGGCGCUCGAUCUGAUUCUGACGUCCCGUCAUCUCGAACGGGUCGGCGACCACGCCACCAACAUUGCCGAGGAAGCCAUCUUCAUCGUGUCGGGCCGCGACGUGCGGCAUCACGGCCUCGAUGGCGGUGCCACGGAGUGA